AUGAGCAGCAGGCGCCCCAACAGUUUAGCCAACACAUCGUGCGACAGCGAGAGCAGCCACUGUCCCCCCUACCAGGAGCAACACCCCUUCUACCAAGAAGAACCGGACGAGCAAGAGAUAUCGCUCCUGCAGGAGAACAGCUCCAGCCAUUACAGCACGCCGUUCGCCGAUCCUGUCGCUGAAUCGGAUUCACACCGGCGAUAUACGCUUCAUGAUCCCGGCCCGAUGGUCUUUGGCGCCCCGGAAUAUGAGCCGGUUCAAUCAAGUGGAAUGAAGACCCGCGCAGGGCUGAAUCGAUACGGAACGAGGAAGAUUAAUCUAGUGAAGGGAGCUGUGCUGAGUGUCGACUAUCCGGUUCCGAGCGCAAUUCAGAAUGCGAUCCAGCCGGAGUACCGUGAUGCUGAGGAGGGUUUCUCGGAGGAAUUUACACACUUGCGAUAUACGGCGGCGACGUGUGACCCCGACGAAUUUACCCUACGCAACGGAUACAAUCUUCGGCCUGCUAUGUAUAAUCGGCAUACCGAGUUGCUGAUUGCUGUUACUUAUUAUAAUGAGGAUAAGGUUCUGACUUCACGUACUCUACAUGGAGUAAUGCAGAAUAUUCGGGAUAUUGUUAGGUUGAAAAAGUCGGAGUUUUGGAAUAAGGGAGGCCCAGCGUGGCAGAAGAUUGUUGUCUGUUUGAUCUUCGAUGGCAUUGAGCCCUGUGAUAAGAAUACGCUGGACGUACUAGCCACAAUUGGGGUCUACCAGGACGGUAUUAUGAAGAAAGAUGUAGACGGCCGAGAGACCGUCGCACAUGUGUUCGAAUACACGACCCAAUUGUCAGUCACUGCUACUCAGCAACUAGUCCGACCUCACAGUGACGAAUCAACAAGCAACCUCCCGCCGGUUCAGUUCAUAUUCUGUCUAAAACAGAAGAACAGUAAAAAGAUCAACUCGCAUCGCUGGCUUCUGAACGCCUUCAGUCGAAUACUAAAUCCUGAAGUUAUUGUCCUUCUAGACGCAGGCACAAAACCUGGCCCAAAGUCUCUGCUAUCGCUGUGGGAGGCCUUCUAUAAUGACAAAACACUCGGUGGAGCGUGUGGUGAGAUCCAUGCAAUGCUUGGCCCACGCUGGCAAAAGUGUUUAAACCCCCUUGUUGCUGCACAGAAUUUUGAAUAUAAAAUCUCUAAUAUCCUGGACAAGCCAUUAGAAAGUGCUUUUGGCUAUGUCAGUGUUCUGCCUGGUGCUUUCUCUGCCUACCGAUACCGGGCUAUUAUGGGCCGUCCAUUAGAGCAAUAUUUUCACGGUGAUCAUACCUUAUCAAAACGCCUUGGUAAGAAGGGUAUUGAAGGUAUGAAUAUCUUUAAAAAGAAUAUGUUUUUAGCGGAAGACCGCAUCUUAUGCUUUGAGCUAGUAGCCAAAGCUGGGUUUAAAUGGCAUUUGAGCUAUGUAAAGGCAGCGAAGGGUGAGACUGAUGUCCCUGAGGGAGCUGCUGAGUUUGUCGGUCAGCGACGCCGCUGGCUAAAUGGGUCGUUUGCGGCAGGCCUAUACGCUAUUAUGCAUUUUGGGCGUAUUUAUCGCAGUGGUCAUAGUAUCAUUCGAUUGUUUUUCUUGCAUAUUCAGAUCCUUUACAAUAUCUGCCAGCUCAUCAUGACCUGGUUUUCUCUUGCGUCAUACUGGCUAACAAGCUCGGUGAUCAUGGACCUAGUCGGUACCCCGAGCAGCCACAACAAAGAAAAAGGCUGGCCCUGGGGUAAUGACGCUUCCCCGAUAGUCAACACCUUUCUGAAAUACGGGUACCUCUGGGUACUGAUGCUCCAGUUCAUGCUAGCCCUUGGUAACCGACCAAAAGGCUUACGAAGUAACAGUGUUGUCACGCUCUACACGAUCUCCUUCCUCUACUUCGCUCUCGUGCAGCUUUAUGUUCUCAUCCUCUCCUUCUACCAAGUGGUUGGUGUCUUUACCGGCGGUAUGCUGGACUUCAACUUCGAUGAUGGUCUUGCUGCCUUUAUACAGUCAUUCUUCAGCUCCUCUGGAGGUGGUAUCGUGCUUAUUGCGCUAGUAUCCACAUACGGCAUUUAUAUCAUUGCCAGUAUACUCUACCUUGACCCUUGGCAUAUCCUAACCAGUUCAUGGGCAUAUUUCCUCGGCAUGACAACAAGCAUCAAUGUGCUCAUGGUCUACGCGUUCUGCAAUUGGCACGAUGUCUCCUGGGGCACAAAAGGAUCUGACAAAGUAGAUGCCUUACCGUCUGUAACGACUCAGAAAGACAACAAUAAGAGGAAUUUUAUUGAGGAGCUCGAUAAACCGCAAGCCGACAUUGACAGCCAGUUUGAGGCUACCGUGAAACGCGCCUUAGCGCCAUACGUUGAACCCGAAGAGGAUGGAGGGAAAACCUUAGACGACUCAUAUAAGAAUUUCCGGACCGGAUUGGUGUGUCUUUGGGUCUUUAGUAACUUGCUCCUAGCGUUGAUGAUUACCGCUACGGGGGUGGAUAAGAUAUGUUUGACGAAUACGUCGACGACCAGGACAACCUGGUUCUUCCAGAUUAUCUUGUGGAUUACGGCGGGCUUGUCACUAUUUCGGUUUAUUGGGUCGUUGUACUUUCUUGGGCGAGCGGGUGUUCUCUGUUGUGUGUCCCGGCGUUGA